AUGUUGAAUGCGAAGUGUAGUGGUGUAGGUGUUCAGGGUGGCGUGGUUAGUUCCCGAGCGCACUGUUGCCAUGAGGCUCCGGCUCGAGGCUCGGCCGUACACCGUGCACCGUAUCGACCCGCGCCCGCGCCCCGCUCGCCCCGCGCCGCGCGCCCUCGCCCCGCACCCCCGCACCCCCGCUCGCAGAGGAGACACCAAGGUAACUCCACGCUCCAAGUAUACCUACUACCUACAGGCUAUGCCUGGCUGCUAGCUAUUUAUAAAUCAAUUCAUUGUAAACAGUCUCUGUCUUUAUGUACUUUGUUCUCGAAACUUUUCCCCGAAAUAAACCUUGUAUACCUAAAGUAUAAGUAUAUCGGUAGUGACUCGUAA